AUGAGAACUAUCCCGGAAGAUGAAAAACUUUUCUUAGUAGGAGACUUUAAAGGACAUAUAGGCACAGAUGCAGACAAUUAUAACUUGGUACAUGGAGGGUUUGGUUUGGGGGCAAGGAAUGAGAGUGGGGAAAAUUUGCUGGAGUUUGCGCUAGCAAAAGAAUUGGUUAUAGCAAACUCGAUCUUUAGAAAGAAAGAUGAGCAUUUGAUCACAUACAAGAGUAGCGGGCAUGCAACCCAAGUUGACUACUUCUUAGUGCGCAAGGGAGAUCGAGCCUCAUGCUUGGAUUGUAAGGUGGUGUUGGGUACAGAGAUGUCCACCCAACACAGGCUUUUAGUACUGGUUUUCAGGAUGAGGAAGAAAAUCGUAGAGAAGAAGGUCGAGUCCAGGGGAAAGGUCAUGUGGGGGAGACUCAAAGGGGAUAUGGUCAUAACCCUAUCAAGAAAGAUAAGUUUAUUGGGUUGCCCAAGUCAGUUAGAGGAUGCGAAUGAAAUGUGGAAGCAAAGCGGGCCGGAAAGAAAGCAGAUUUUUAAGUUGGCAAGGACUAGGUUCAGGCAGCAGCAAAACUUAGAGGCAGUGAAAUACAUCAAGGAUGAGGGAGGACGAGUUCUCCUGAGACAAGAGGACAUCAAAAGCAGAUGGCUCCAGUAUUUCUCUCAGCUACUCAAUGAGUCUAGGGGGCUAAAGGAGGCGGAUAAUCAAAUUUCUGACGUCCAAAGACCACUAGAAUAUGGGUCAACGAGUGAUAUUACCACAGUAGAAGUAGGAGAAGCCCUCAAAAAGAUGGGGAGAACAAAGGCAGUUGGGCCAGAUAACAUCCCGACUGAGGCAUAG